AUGCUGGACACGCGGCUGGAAGUGUUGAAACAUCAGUCACACUCUGAUAGCUUCGACCAGAAGCUUCGACUGCAGGCGCGGAAGCUUGCAUACCCGUUCAAGCAGGGUAGCUUACGUCGUCUCGAGGACAGUGUAUUGAAAAUCAACGAAAUUUUAUCUACGGCAUUACAAGCAGCGGGGUUGGAUGUCAGUGGUGCUCAGCUUGAAACGCUCUCGCUCCUCGCAACAAAAUCAGAGAAUACGGCUCACAAUGUGUCCUCAGUCAUAGACAGCGUUUCGACACUGAACUCAGACCUCAAGUCAGUUAAGUCUAUGCUGUCAAGGAAUAAUGAUCGCACAAUAUGUCUCAGCUCCAUGAUCGAACAAAGUGUUCCCAAGAUUCGAGAUGAAAUCUCUACCGCAAUCCCGCAGAUCCAGUCCGCUUUGCCCAGAAUAGAACUCAGUGUUGCAAAAGCCGCCUCUAGCAACUUAGAUAUAGCCCAGAUUUUGACGGUGAUGUCUGGAGACAUCGAACGUGUUGAAGAAAACCUCAAUGCUUCAAGGGAGACGCAAGAUCAAAGGAUGAGACUCAUGCAAGAGUUCCUCAGCAAUCUACACCAGUCCCAGUCUCAACAGCUAGCACGUAUAGGGAGCCUGGAGAAAGAAAUGAGGGGCCAGCGGCUGCCCUUACUUCCAAGUUUUUAUGCCCCACCAGGAAUCUCAGAUGAUUUUGAUUGGCAGCAAUCUGCGAACAGUUCCAUCGCGUACAGAAAGAAGUACAAGCGCCGGUCUUCGCCUGUUCAAACGGGAACUCGGGACUUGGGAUUGUCCCUCUGCAUUUGUCCUGCAAAUUAUGCUUUCAAGCACUAUCAGUGUCUUUCUAGGGCAAUCUCUCUUUUCUACAGCAACGAGAGAUAUGAGACACACCUCCCUCAAUGCCCAUUCUACACUUCUCCCCAGCAAAUCCGGAAACUUGGAGCAAGGUUUCAUUCCGUUGGCUACCUGCUGUCCACAGCCAUUCUAGCCACGGUAUCGAUGAAAACAGGAGCUAGCAGCUUUUCCAUCACCCCUCACCUCUCCUUUAAGGCGAUUGUACCAUCCAGCUCUCCCGCAUUUGCCCUUUUCUCUUGGAAGAAUUACGUACGCUCCGCCACAAUCAGUGAGAUCCUGGAUUCAAUUAUGCCAAGGUUAUUGAGACUCUUUGCUGAACGACAGGCGUCCCCCACAGAUGUAAAUGAAUUAGGGCAAUCUCUCCUUCAUGUUGCUUUAAUGUUCAUGAUUCGGGGUCUUGAAUUAGAUCUCAGGACACUGCACUCUCUCCAUCAGCUACUUCUGAGCCUUUUUGCUAGUGGUGUUCCUGCAGAUACAUGUGAUAUGACUGGCCGAUCCAUCCUAGACACAUGGAUCCACGUUCUAUCCUGGACGAAUCUCGGCAGUGAUAGCACAUCAGCAUCGAUGAGUAUUACUUCGGAGCUGGUUGACCACGGAGCAGAAAUCUUGACUUCUGUUGGGCAGUCCUGGCUUUAUCAUAAAGGAUCAUAUAUGAUUUCAUCCUUUUUGAGGCUCUAUGAUUUUGCAGAGACCUGUCGAUGUGGUCCACUUAGUAUGGCUCUCAUCCGACGCUCUGAGAAAGAUGUCAGGCGCAUUCUCGCAAAAGUCCCUUCUGCCUUGACUGAACGAAAUGCUGUCGGCCAAACGCCGCUUCACAUUUCGUGUGGCUGGCCUUUGGGUAUAAAGUUGCUCCUGGAUGCUGGGGCUCAAGAUAUCAUUGAUUGCACGGACAAUAUUGGCCCCCGGUAUCCUGCGUUCGUUUACGCAAGUGAGUUCUCCUGCCUAGAAAGCCUUGAACUGUUGCUUGAAGCUGAAUGUAGCUUCUUUCCCCUCUGCUCAAUUGGAGGACAGAACAGAUAUUCCUGUAGCUUUGAUUUCGCACUUCUAUCGGGAUCUCAGGAUGCAGGUAGCCGACUGAUCCAAUCGUUGACUGACAGACGAGAGCGCUUGAAAGCAUUGGCUUUGGAUAAUCUACCAUUCGAAGAGACUGCAAAGUUCAAUCUUUGCAGCAACACGAUCCUCGAUGAGAAAUCAUAUGAUAUAUAUGCCGCAUUGCAAGCCAAUGCAGUCAACGUUCCCGAAUCAUUGGCUGUCCCAUCAGCGCGAAUAUCUGUGUAUCACAUGUAUUUUUUAUCUCCGGGAUUGGCUGAGGAAAUGUACAAAAGAGGUUUUCAUGACAUCGACGCAUAUGAUGGGCAUGGACUCACUCCACUCAUGAGCCAUCAUUCCACGGACUUAUGCUUGGAAUUUUGGCUGUUGUCCCACGGAGCAGAUUUACAUGCCACGCCCAAUGUGUUACGGAGAAGCAACAUGAACCUUGAUGCUACCGCCGCGCAUUACCUUGGUGCUAAAAUCGCACAUCAAUUUAUCAGUUACGAUUUGGACAGUCGCUGCUCUAAGCUUGAUUCAAAAGUGCACGAUCUUGCUAACCUGCUCUGUUCCAUCUUCGAACCAGACAUUUGUUUGUGCGGCUGCUCCAGCAGAGGCUGUCACCCAGCCACCAUGAUGUUCAAAGAAUUUGUUUGGCGUCUGGAUAUGGAUGGGAGUAUCAAGCACUUGUCGUGGAUUGGCCAGAUCAUGCGUCAAACUUCUCUAAUCGAUGAUGCUCCAUGCUGGCUGCCCGGUGAAGCGAUACGAGUUUUCACGUUCGACGCACUGAGUAUUAGACAUACAUGUUGUAGAUACGACGGCUUGUGGAUCUGCUUGAGGGAGGAAGAAGAGAGAGAAGAGCUGCGCGAAGAAGAUCGUUUCCGUCUCCAACUGCUUGAGGAACUGGUGGCAGAAUUCGAAGAAAAGUAUACCGAGCUUGAGGUGGGACUGGUGGAGUUCUUUGAAGGAUACUGGUUGACACGAAUGACUGCAGUGCUGUAUGAGGGGGCUACGUUAACGGAUAGAGACGAAGAGGAAGUUAGACGGAUUGAGGCGAUUGGUGUGAUUUUGGAUAGGGAGGGAGUCUGA